CCGAGAAUCGUGCAGAUCUCUCACGUCAAACUCUUCAUGCAGUAUAAAUUCAUGGUUCCUACCUCCCGUCUUCAUGGCUCAGACUCUAUCAAACCACUGCAGAAUGAUCUAGUGUCUCUGCAAUCUUCCCCAAUCACCCCAUUCCCUCGCAAAUAUACUGGCACUUCCUGCUUCAUUUAUCAUCCUCCUGCACCGACAUCAGCGAUAUGAUCAGACCAGCUAUUGUCAUUGUCCCAGGCUCCUGGCAUCGGCCGCAGCACUAUCGGCGUCUAGUCGACGGGCUGGCGAAAUUCAAUUACCAGGCAGUAGGUGUGACACUGCCCUCCGUGGACUCCAGCCCUCCCCUCAGCAGCUGGGCCACCGAUGCAGAGGCCAUCCGCAAGGUCAUCCUGGGCUACCUUGACGCAGGCCGGGACGUGAUCACCGUGGCUCAUUCUUUUGGCGGAAUCCCCAUGUCAGAAGCAGUCAAGGGCUUGGGCAAGAGCACCCGCGAAAGCGCAGGCCUCAAAGGUGGUGUUCUCCAGUUGAUGUAUAUGGCUGCCAUGGCACUGCCAGAAGGCCAGAACCACGUCGGGCAAAUCAAACCUCAGACGCCGGAAGAAGAGGAGCUCGAACGGCAGCGGCAGGAGUAUGUAGCGAAGCAUGGUGGGAUGCGCUUCACUGAGGUGUGAUUGUUGUUCUCGUUCUGUCGUCGCAAAAUGGCCCGCUUGGCUGACCAUAUCUUCUAAUAAUAUAGGAUGGAGCGAUGAUCGUGGACAGGGAAGCAGCGCGCGAGGUCUUCUAUAAUCGAUGCGAUCCUGCCGACGUGGAGGAAGCGCUUGAUCUGCUAGGCUCGUACCCCGUCGGCCCGCUGUCCGUGCCAGUGACUUACACGGCCUAUCGCGAAAUUCCCAGUACGUAUAUUGUCUGCGAGAAUGAUAGGGCUUUGCCGCUUUCUGUGCAAGAGCGGAUGAUCGCUCAAAGUGAGGGAGCGCUGCAGGUUGAACGGUGUCAAGAAGGACACUCCCCGUUCUUGAGCAACCCACAGUUCAUCGUGGAUUGCGUCCGCAGGGCUGCUGGGGAGGAUAUCUAAGCUGUUUCUGCGAUGGUUUCUGCCUGUAUAAUAGGAAAUGUUAUUGGUCAUUGAGCUACCCAUACUCGUGGAU